AUGUCGCAAUUCGUUCUUCCGUUUCCAAAAAUUGCCGAUCCGGGCUAUGGGACGGUAGGGGAAUUGUGCGCGACUUUAGGCUAUCCUCAAACCCUAGAACAUGGCCGAAAGGGUUCCAAAUUGGCGAACGCAGUUCUUCGGUAUCGGAAACGUAUCGCAGCCAGCAACCCGGAUCUCCCGCAAUGUCCUCUAGACAGCGAAACUCCUGAAGCACUCAUGUACGCCACUGGCUUCCUGGAGGAGAACAAGGAGUAUUUCGAACCUAGUGAGACAGCGGAGGAGCUAGGAUGGCCAAUUUACCCUAUACACGAGGAAAAAAUAAUCAGCGGUUUGAAGAAAUUGAUCUGCCUUCAAGAGUACUUCUGGAGAAGAAAUCAGAAUUAUUUCCAAAAGCGUGACUGGGACCAGGAGAAUAAUAUCGGAACGUCUUCCACAUUGAACGCUCCAGAAGAUGCAGGAAAUUCUUCCACCCCUAAAACAAUCGCUAAGCCGAAGAGAGAAGCAGAUGCAGGUGUUGAGGAACACGUCCUGGAGAAUAUUGCAGUCCAUCUGGAGUAUGCAUACCCUUUGGAAGGGUUUCCGUCUAUCUCUACCACUUGGCUAUUUGAACCAUUGAAAUUCAGCUAUGGGAAGAUCAACCCGAAGUUAGUCGAUCCUUUCGUGAUUCGGUAUCUGCACGAGAGAAACCUGUACAAUACGGAUGAUGCUGCUGCCAUUGAUCAAUUUGCUCGAGAUGCCAUGAAACAAUACCCUCACCUUGCUCACCAGACCGAAUACGAGUCCUGGGCUCGAGACCGAUGUCAACUUAUCAUUCAGAAGUUCGCCGACUCUUGGAUGGAAUGGGAACGUAACGGGUACGGCUUUCUCAAGGAAGUAAACAAGAGAUUUCAGAAAAGCCCCGCGUUUGAGAAAGCAUGGGCACUUCGCCGAGUAGAAUGGCUGAACAAAGUUCAUCACGGCUCAAGUCAGAAGGUGAUUGAAUGGUGUGACGCGGGGCUAUUAUCGCAGGUAACAGAAAAAUCGACCAAGAAAACAAGGAGUCCAAAUCUCAAGAGAGGAUUCACUGCUGUCAAUCAUUCAUCGCAUAAGAAAAGCACCCCUUCUAAAAAGAGAUCACGUCUUGACUUGCGCUUAUCGGAAUCGAUGCCAAAGACGGGAUCUGGCCAUCAAGAUGACGAGGAACAGUUGAAUGGAAGUCCGAAUACUAUUUUCGUCAAAAAUGACCAUAACAAUGGCACGCCGUCAAAUCAAUCACAACAACCUGCCGACAGAACUUCCCCACCCGCUUCAGACUAUGUAAAUUCUUUGGUAGAUAUAGCCACGUCUUCCUAUGAAGCACAAAGCCAGCCGGUAAAGGAUGCACAGCCAUCUCAACCUACGCCCCCAGCAUCAUCCACUCGAGCCACAAUGGGUUUCACUCCUGUCAAUAGCAAAUUCAGUCCGCAUCAACCUCCUGGCGUGCCGGCACCGUUUGUCUUGAAAUCAUCGACUCUCAACCCCCAGAAUGGACCACCCCCACCACAUGCACCACAACAACCUCAUGCACCAACUCCAGGACCGGUGGCUCAAACCCCAUUACCAUAUACCGGCGUGGCCAAUCCUUCACCAUAUGCGGCUAUUAACCCAUCCUCAUAUGCAGCUUCGAACCCAUCGCCUUACGCGGCAGCUAUGCAUCCUGCUCAAUACUCGUAUGCCCAAAACCCUUCGCCUUACGCUGCCGUACAUGCAACACCAUAUGCGCCCCCCUCUACCUACUUCCCUCCCGCAAAUGCCCAUCCGCAACCGCCACCUCAACGUUCAGCUCCUCCAGCCCCGGAAGCUCGUCCGCAACCUCCACAAGCUGUUGCGCCGUCGAUCGAGUCCUAUCAUGAAGUUCCUGUUGCCCCUCCGCCUGCGGUCAACGUCCCUUCUACAGUGCCAGACAAGUUUCUCAGUCCAUCCCCCGAGAAGGAAUCUCUUCCGACAAUCAAUAAUCAUGGCUUACCAAAUAACACAAAGGUUCAAGACCGUCAUGCAAGCAACUCGUACCACACGAAUGGAAUGCCAUCACCUGCCUUUACGUCGGAUCAGCAUCACCAUCACCAUUAUAUCAGUGAACAUCAACACACCCCGCAAGCAUCUCAUGGGCGGAACAGUUUCCAAUCUGUAUCUGGUGAUCGAAAUGGUGGCACUCCACACAGACUUAGUACUAGUGCUGAUUUCAAAAGAGAGUCUAUCGGAACACCUAUUGAGUCAAAGCGACCAACUCUAAAAUUUGCUAUCCAAGACGAUAGUGGUGUGCCAGACGACGAACCAGAAAAUAUGUUUACAAAGAAGCAACUUUGGGAUAUGGAUGUAGCAGCAUUGUUCGCAACUGUAGCUCAAAAGUCGGGUAAAUCAUUUGAUGAGCUUUCCUUGCUUACGUUCCGUUGUCAGUGGGAACCAGCCUCAAUCAUCAUCAGCAAGUACGCGGGCGAUGAUGCAUGGAAACGCCAGAAGAAGAAGCUCAACUCACUAUUCAUCAGUGCGCAGUCUGAAUUCCCUGACGAAUUGUCUUUUGAGGUAUGGGUCUUUUGCGGCGACAGACUUUCCAAGAAAAUCAAAAAGCAGGAUGCAGAGGAUGAUGUUGAUUGA